AUGGGUUUCAAGAAGAUUCUUGCUUCUCUUUUUACCUAUGAAACACCGAAAAUAAUAGAAAUUUAUAAUUAUAAGAUUGGGAUUGCACAUAGGAUUCUUCAGACAAUUAUCAUAAUUUAUUUUGGUAAGAAAUUGUAUAUCAUAACUUCCAGUUGGGUCGUAAUUUAUGACAAGGGAUACCAAGUAACUGAAAGCCUUAUUUCAGUCUGCUUAACCAAAGUCAAAGGUUUCCUCGUGAAAGAUUACAAACAGGACAGGAAUUACCUCCCUCAAAUCUGGGAUAACGCAGAAAUUGUCUAUCCUCCAUUAGAGCAAGGCGCGAUACUUAUUAUCACAAACACGAUCGAAACCCUUCGGCAAACACCAUGCAUAGGCAAACCAAUUUAUUCAUGGUGUCCGCUAGAAAAUGACACCAUUUCUACCGAUUUCAACCUGCAAAAAAGAUUCGAAAUGAUCUCAAAUUACACUAUUUAUAUUAAGCUUUUCAUUGAAUAUCGGAGAUUUGGAAUUAAAGGAAAUAAUAUAUUUGACGACAUUGACAUCACAACGUGUCAGUUUGAUAAAAAAGAUCCGAUAAAUAGACACUGUCCAAUAUUCAAACUUGGUUACAUUUUUGAAGAAAUCAAUUUGAAGCCACCAGCUUUAUACAAAAAUUAUUAA